UGAAUGCCAAUGUCACGUGUACGUCGACACAAGUGAAGUGAGAACAACUGCAAAUAAAGAAUCUUAUUUUCAGUGUUCAGUAGAGUUUAAACAAUAUCAAAUAGAUUGCACUCUGUAUAGUCAAGUUUUGUAAAGUUAAUCAUGUCAAGACGUAGUGUAGGAAGUUUUAGGAAGUGAACGUUACCUCAUUGUAAAUCGUGUCAGAUAAUUUUUAUUACAAAAUAAUUAAUAAACAAUAAUAAGUGAACAACAGUGGUAUUCGGCAGGUGUUGAAUUACUGAUCAGAGUUGGACUGGAGGAUUAGAAGAUGAGAAUCUGAACCGUUGUGAGAGGGACCAAUGUUUUGAUAAGAUAGUUUCAAUUUGCCCAAAGACGUUCAGCGUAUCGAGGACUCGACAUGCAACUGUCACGAGUGAUCCUCUUCCUGGGAUUAUGUUGGGUGGUCCAGUGCGACUUGCUCGACCUGUACGUCCAGCACAUGGACGAGACGAUGAAAACGAUCGUGUACGAAAAAACUCACGUAAAGAACCUGGCCAGAGUCCGGAACAAAAGAAGCGCUUUGGUCUCGGGUCACGUGGCGGAUGAAGAGACCUUUUAUAAGUUUGGAAACUUCAAGAAGCAGAGAUUGGAAGUAGACGAAGGAUGGGAGCAGCCGGGUCUGGAGGACAAAAGUGGGCAAAAAGCAGGAGGGAAUGUUUUCAUAGAGAAGGACGACGGGCUGAAUUUUCAGAACGAUCAAGAGGAGAACAUGGACCCGAAGCACUACGAGAUCCUGGAAAAGGAAACAACGGAGAGAUUAGAGGCCCUGAUGGAUCAGGACUGGGAUGCGAAGUACAAAGGGAAGAAUAAAAAAGUCCUACUGAAAAAGGACGACGGUUUGGCAGCCGAAAAUGCGGCCGAAGAAUCCGCCGGUGCCAACGAGGAUUUCGAGCUGAUUAAGGCGACUAAGAAACAGGAGCAACUCGAAGCCUGGGAAUCGAGCCAGGAAUUUUUACCGGAGAUCCAAUUUGGCCCGGUCUCAGCCCUCGACGUCCUCCCACCUGCGUACGACGAGACCGUCGACAUGGACCUCGCCGAGGAUUCGGAUAUGAACGCCUUCCAAGGAACUUCCACAAACAACGAGGAGACGAACAUCGUCGUGCAGGAGGAUGAUGACGAGGACUUGAACCUGGAGAUCGAGGUCCUCGAGCAGCCCGAAGAUCCUUCAGGGAUUGAAGGUCCUGGAAAUCCAUCGUUGAAGCGGAAGCCAAAGGCACUUGGCGACCGCGUUCCAAAGAAGUACAACCCUUCGGCUGGCAAGGAUACCAAGUUACGGAAAACGAUUAAGGAUAAAGAGUCAGCGACGAGCGGAUUCGCCAAAACGACUAACGCCACCAGAACUAAACGCUCGGCGAAAAAGCCGAGAUUCACCCGUCGGGAGAAUCUCGACGAUGGUGGUCUCGUCCUUUUGGAAUGGGAUCCAAACGACGAAGACGUCGUGACCUUCAGGGUCACAGCCAGGACUCUAGGCUACGUUGGCAUCGGCUUCAACGAGAAGAGCCACAUGAAAGGCGCGGACAUUCUACUCGCCUGGAUCGACGACGAUAGUCAAAGUAUCAAUUUAUUGGACUCCCACGGAAUAGAGGAGAGGAAUGCUGCACCUGUCACCGAUCUUUCUCAGGACGUUGAAAUCCUCGGAGGGUCCCAAAACGACACCCACACUACAGUCACAUUUUCAAGAAGAUGGCAUACUUGUGAUCCCCAUGACCAUCAGUUGACCGGAGAUACGAUACACGUGCUUUGGGCCCUGCACGAAACUGACCCAGAACUAAACAACCCCGCUGGACAUGGCGAGAAGCGCGGAGGUCGGGCCCUGCGCCUUAGGGCCCCGGCUCCCCACCCACCGCCGGAUAUUUCAACGCCUGGAAUCAGGCAGUGGGACAUCAAAUUGAACCAAUUCACCGUAUCGAGUAAUCUGGACACCGUUUACUGGUGCAAAAUCUUCAAGGCCCCACCGCUAGGCGGAAAGCAUCACAUGAUUGGAUACACGCCGCUAGUUGAGAAGGCAAACGAGGCCCUCGUACACCACAUAAUCCUUUACGAGUGCGCAUCGGUGGCACCAAUCCUUGGUGAACACGCAAGAAUUGCCGGUGCAGCCUGCUACAGUCCCACAAUGCCCAGAGAAUGGGACUCCUGUCUACAGCCAGUUGUCGCUUGGGCCCGCGGCAGCAAAGGCGAGUGGUUUCCGGAACAUGUUGGAAUACCCAUCGCCGAGCACAACGAUCGCUCCUAUUACAUGCUAGAAGUACAUUACAACAAUCCGGGACUAAAGGAAGUCGUGGAUAGCAGCGGAAUCACGCUGCACUUGACUCCUAACCUCAGGCCUCAGGAGGCGGGGAUACUUGUGACUGGUGUCGCAGUCAGUCCCCUUCAUAUGGUGCCUCCGCGACAAAAGGAAUACGCAACAGCCGGCUACUGCACGCCUCACUGCACAAAAAAGAUGUUCCCUGAGGACGGGAUCAACAUAAUCUCGGUUGUUCUUCACUCUCACCUUGCCGGAAGGCGUCUGGGUUUGAAACACAUUCGACAGGGGAAGGAGCUGCCCAGGAUCGUGCAGGACAAUCACUUUGAUUUCAACUACCAGCAGUCGCACACGUUGGAAAAUGAAGUAAAAGUUCUUCCGGGUGACGAGCUGGUAGCCGAGUGUGUCUACGGAACUUUGGACAGGGCUCGUCCAACGAUGGGUGGCUACGCGGCAACUCAAGAAAUGUGCCUGGCCUUCGUGGUCCAUUAUCCAAGGACGCCUUUGGCGGCUUGUUACAGCAUGACACCCGUCAAGGACCUCUUCAAGACUCUGGGCGUCCACAGUUUUAGAGGAAUCACGUUCGAUCAUUUGGAAAAACUAUUUUUAACCACCGGAACCGACACUGUUACAUUACCAACGAUAACUCAACAACAGCCAAUUUAUCCCCUCGCAAGACCCAGUGGAGAAAUCAAUAUGGAGAUGAUGAAGGAAGCAGAAAUGGUCCUGAGAGACAUGGCAGGUUACACUGAGGAACGCGACGAAGAUAAUAUCUUUGCCAGACUGGUAAUCGAGAAUCCGGAAGAGUUUCGAGGACGUACAUUAGCAGAACACAUGCUCGCCCUUCCUUGGACGGAGGAACUCCUGGCUAGAUCCAUCGAACAAAGUCUUUAUCACGGAAGGCACAUGACGUUUUGUAGAAAAAGAGACGAUAAACUAGCAGUGCCAGCAGAUAUCCAAAUGUUUCCCAAUUUCACAGCACUUCCGGAAGCCAACGAAACCAACUGCGACGCGUUAAGAGACGACUCUGGUUGCAGUGCUCUGAAUGCGCCUGCAGUUUUAGUCGCUCUAGUCAUAAGCAUUUCGAAUUGGCGUCUCCUUCUACGAAUGUGAGGAAAAAAAAUGUAAAUGAAACAAAGUUUUGAGCAAAGUUAUG